CUGGGGAUUCUCUACGUCCUCCUCAUAUCUUGCGUGAGCUGACCGCUGGCUGUGUGGCCAGAUCUAGCAAUACACGAUGGCCACCCCGCAGGAUGUCGAUGCCCUGCUCAGGCAGCUGGACGAUCAUCGAGAUGCCUAUUUGGCGACCUUUCAGCAGAUGCACGAUCUCCUCACGAAGCAAUUGGCAUCUUCGACAGACUCCUCGGGCACAACCUUGCCGCCAUCUACUCAGAAUGGAGCUGUGAGACCACAUUCACUAGGCACAGAGCAUAAACCACGUCUCUCCAGCUCGCGCUUCCGUCACAGGAAGUCAUCAUUUGGUCGGCACACCCAGCCAGCAUCCACUGCAUCCCGGGGCACGGGUGAAGACUCCGAUGACGAUGAUUGCGAUUAUGCUUUGUAUGCGCAUGAGCCACUGCAAACGCAAACUUACGACGACAUCAUGUUGCGGGAUCACCUAAUGAAACACAUCUGGCGGGAGGGAGGCAAGAAGAUUUUGAAAGGAAUCAUUGGGGUACCAACCAGAAUAACUCAGCCCGGUCUGUUUCCCCCAAAAAGAGGCCUUGCAGGAGACAGAAGUGAUCUCACACAUUAUCAGUUCUGGGAUGUUGGUGAUGAUGGUGCUCCAAUUGCUGUGGGCACCGAAUCGACCGAGGACUUGUCCACAGCUAUGAGGAUCUGGAACUCUCUUCGGACCCUCAACCCUGCUACCAAAGAGCAGAAAGCGGUCGGGAGGAUCACAAUCAUUCGAGAACCAAGUCCAGCCCUUUUUGCAGCUAUUCACCUGACACAUAACAAGUUCUUUGAUAUGGAUCACAUGUUCGAUGAACUCGUUGAAAGCGGAGGCUCCACCGCAGUAUUCAACGGCGCGUUUGACGGCGACGAGCGCAGGCAAAGAAGUUUUGUGUUCAACCUCGAAUACUACACACUGAUCGGAGACGGCUGCAGGCCAAUGAGCUGGCAGUUGGCAGACCGCAAAGUCAAAGACAACAGCUAUGAUAUCCGCAUCUCACGUUGUAGCUCCAUCGUGGCGCUUUCACUUCAGGGUACACAGAUCAAAAAGGUCAAGAACAGUGCCAGACGUGCAGAGCAGAGUCAUGGCUGCGCAUACGAUCCAUUCUCGCCUUGGCAGGUGCUCAAUGUACAAGCUUUUCCAGACCUGAAGUCGAACGGAGAUGUUCACGACGCGAGCAAGCACUACGUCAACGGUGUGGAAGCCUUCCUCGUCACCUUGUUGGGCGAAUUUCGCGAUGCAUUGGUACGUUUCGAGAAGCUCACUGAAGAAAUUGUGCGCAUCACCCGGCCGCCGGACGACUUCAUGUUCGAUUUAAAAGUCAGAGAUCGGCUUCAAUUUGAGGAUGAGCAGUACACUUACACGCGGCGAUAUUUUUGGGCAUAUCAAACUCUCGGUACCAUUAUGGCCUCUAUCAAGUCUAUGGUCGAUGCGUACGAAGACACUUUCACAGAGGAUGUAUGGCAAGGCAAUCAUAAGACCAUCUGGCCAAUUAUGGACGAGACGAGCCCUCGCAAUAAAUACUACAGAAUGAGAAUGGACGCACUUCGCAAGAAGUUCGAGCGCGAGAUCGCGAAUUUUAUCAAACUGAGAAAGGAAGUAUACGAACACCGAGAGGAAGUUGUGGGUCUCAGAGAAGAACUCUUCGUGGGCACUUCCAUACAGGAAAGCCGGAAUUCUGUCAAAAAUACGGAAAUUACGAUUCAGCAGGGACACAACAUCAAGCUGCUGACUGACGUGUCUUUUAGAGGGACACAACAUCAAGCUGCUGACCCUGGUUUCCAUCUUCUUCCUGCCCUUGACCUUCGUGACUUCUGUCUUCGGCAUGACGAACAUGCCGGAGGAGCGCCAGUACUGGCAUUUCGGAAUCGUUACAGCAACAGUCUGCAUCCCUUUCUUCAUCCUGAUAGGCUCUCUCAACACAGUACGAGGCAUGACAUUCUGGCGCAAGAAGACGUCGAAUGCUUUCAAACAUGCCUUGAACUUCUUUGCGUGGAUCAGUGGCCGCCCAAAAAACCACGCUGCUUGGGAGGCCAAGAAGGCAAUUGAACGGAGAGAUAGUCGCAGGUCGACGGAUCCAUCGGCAGAUGAGCUCAAAGGUAGCCCUGCGGCCAUUCGUUUGCGCCGAUGGUCGACAAAUCAGAAAGCGGAGUUCGAGGAGAAGAAACUGGAGGAAGAAGAGUCGCGUGAUGAACUCGGCGUUGGCGUGGCUGUUAGACGUCCAGCUGAAGCUUA